GAGGAGGGGCCGCAGUCAGCGCCGGGGCGCGGCGGGAGCGGCGCGGCUCGGCCGGGAGGGUGCCUGCGGGACGGACGCUGCUCGCCUCGCUCCGCUGCCGCCGCCAUGUCCCGGGAGCCCGAGAUCAUGGAGUCGCAGGUGAUGUGGGAGCCUGACACGAAGCGCAACACCCACAUGGACCGGUUCCGCGCCGCCGUGGCUAGCAGCUGUGGGCUCCGCCUGGCCAACUAUGAUGAUUUGUACCAGUGGUCAGUGGAGUCCUACUCAGACUUCUGGGCAGAGUUCUGGAAGUACAGUAACAUCGUCUGCUCUCGCCUCUACGACGAGGUGGUGGAUACAUCCAAAAGUAUCGCAGAUAUCCCCGAGUGGUUCAAGGGCAGCAGGCUCAACUAUGCAGAGAAUCUCCUGAAGCACAAGGACAACGACAAGAUUGCUCUGUAUGCAGCAAGGGAAGGCAAAGAAGAAAUCCUCAAAGUUACUUUUGAAGAACUGAGACAAGCUGUAGCUUUGUAUGCUGCAGCCAUGAGGAAGAUGGGAGUAAAAGUAGGAGACAGAGUUGUGGGUUACUUGCCCAACAGCAUCCACGCAGUGGAAGCAAUGCUGGCAGCUGCGAGCAUUGGUGCCAUCUGGAGCUCCACGUCCCCAGACUUUGGCAUUAACGGUGUACUGGACAGAUUUUCCCAAAUUCAGCCUAAACUCAUCUUUUCUGUUGAAGCUGUUAUAUACAAUGGCAAAGAGCACAACCACUUGGAAAAGCUGCUGAGGGUGGUAAAAGGACUUCCAGACCUAAAGAAAGUGGUGGUGAUUCCAUAUGUAUCUUCAAGAGAAACCAUAGAUAUUUCUAAGAUUCCAAACAGUGUCUUUUUAGAAGACUUCCUUGCCACUGGGAAAGGAGACCAGGCUCCCCAGCUGGAGUUUGAGCAGCUGCCUUUCAGCCAUCCUCUCUUUAUCAUGUAUUCCUCAGGCACCACAGGGGCACCAAAAUGCAUGGUUCACUCAGCAGGGGGUACCCUCAUCCAGCACCUGAAGGAGCACAUUCUUCAUGGCAACAUGAGCAGCAGUGAUGUGAUCAUGUACUACACAACGACUGGCUGGAUGAUGUGGAACUGGCUGGUGACUGCGCUUGCUACAGGAGCUUCAGUGGUCCUGUAUGAUGGAUCUCCUCUCAUUCCUUCCCCAAAUGUGCUCUGGGACCUGACUGACAGACUAGGGAUCACCAUCCUUGGAACGGGUGCAAAGUGGCUGGCUGUGCUAGAAGAGAAAAAUUUAAAACCAUGUGAAACACACAAUCUCCAAACACUCCACACUAUCCUGUCUACAGGAUCCCCUCUCAAAUCUCAAAGCUAUGAGUAUGUCUACAAACACAUAAAAAGCAGUGUCCUCCUGGGAUCCAUUUCAGGCGGAACAGAUAUAAUUUCAUGUUUCAUGGGUCACAAUGUUACAGUUCCUGUUUACAAAGGAGAAAUUCAGGCUAGAAAUCUUGGAAUGGCUGUGGAAGCAUGGAAUGAUGAAGGAAAGCCAGUUUGGGGUGAAAGUGGAGAGCUGGUUUGCACCAAGCCCAUUCCCUGCCAGCCCACACACUUCUGGAAUGAUGAGAAUGGAAGCAAGUACAGAAAGGCUUAUUUUUCCAAAUUCCCAGGUGUCUGGGCCCACGGUGAUUACUGCAAAAUCAACCCCAAGACUGGAGGAAUUGUCAUGCUGGGUCGCAGUGAUGGUACAUUAAACCCAAAUGGAGUAAGAUUUGGAAGUUCUGAAAUCUAUAACAUAGUGGAAGCCUUCGAGGAGGUGUCUGACAGCCUGUGCGUGCCCCAGUACAACAAGGACGGCGAGGAGAGGGUGAUCCUGUUCCUGAAGAUGGCCUCCAGCCACGCCUUCAGCCGCAGCCUGGUGAAGCGCAUCCAGGACGCCAUCCGCGCCGCGCUCUCUGCCAGGCACGUCCCCAGCCUCAUCCUGGAGACCAAAGGCAUCCCGUAUACAGUAAAUGGGAAGAAAGUGGAAGUAGCUGUGAAGCAAAUAAUUGCAGGGAAAGAAGUUGAGCAGCGGGGAGCUUUCUCAAACCCAGAGGCUUUGGACCUCUACCAAAAUAUUCCUGAGCUUCAAGACUAUUAAAGUCACUUUUUUGGUUUGGU